AGCCGGCCUGGGGCCGAGGCCGCCCGCGUGCCGCGCUGCAAUUUAGCGAACAUGGCAGCAGAAUGAAGAGGCCCGCGCCGGGUGGUGGUGGAGCCGGGGAUCCGCACGGGGCGCGCUGCGAGCCGCAUCCUUAGUCGGCCUCCUGGUGGCCGCUGGGUUAUUUCAUUCGGAUCUGUGGGUGGGGAGGAAGAAAGGAGACCCCCCCCUCCGCCACCGCCCCCGAAGCCAGGCGGGUCGGUGCUCCGGCCGGCAGGGUAGAGAGAAUCGUGCGUGUGACUCGCUGGUUGCGGAAACGACGCGGGAAGGAACCGGUCCAGGGCUGCGGCGGCGCGGGCGCCGGCAUGAGCCGGCCAUGGGGCGGCCUCGGCGGGGCGCACGGAACCGGCCGGCGCCGCAGCGGGAAGGCGGCCUGAGACGGAGCAUCGCGGGGCUCCGGGGCCUCGCACAGCCCGGGGGAGUCCCUGACGCUGUCUGCGGGAAGGACGGGAACCCCGCGUGGCGGACACUGCCGCAGUCCCCGUGCUGACGCGCGCCGUGCCUGCUGGGUCUGCCGCUCGGUGCGCUCUGGGCACCUGGCGCGCCGCGGGGAGCUCGGGCUGCGGGAGCCCAGUGCGGGACUGGCUUAGGAGAGCGGUGUGCGCGCGGGUUCGACCGGGCAGCCAACAGCAGCGCCCGUGAGGAUCGGAGCAGCCAUGCUUCCCGGGGUGGGCGUGUUCGGCACCAGCCUCACGGCGCGUGUCAUCAUCCCGCUGCUGAAAGACGAGGGCUUCGCGGUGAAGGCGCUGUGGGGCCGCACGCAGGAGGAAGCCGAGGAGCUGGCCAAGGAGAUGAGCGUCCCCUUCUACACGAGCCGCAUUGACGAGGUGCUGCUGCACCAGGACGUGGACUUGGUGUGCAUCAACCUGCCGCCGCCCCUCACCAGGCAGAUCGCUGUCAAGACCCUGGGUAUUGGCAAGAACGUCAUCUGCGACCGCACGGCCACCCCGCUGGACGCCUUCCGCAUGAUGUCGGCGGCCCACUACUACCCCAAGCUCAUGAGCAUCAUGGGCAACGUGCUGCGCUUCCUGCCCGCCUUCGUGCGCAUGAAGCAGCUGAUCGAGGAGGGCUACGUGGGCGAGCUGCUGGUGUGCGAGGUGCAGGUGCACAGCGGCAGCCUGCUGGGCAAGAAGUACAACUGGAGCUGCGACGACCUGAUGGGCGGCGGCGGCCUGCACUCGGUGGGCACCUACAUCAUCGACCUGCUCACCUUCCUCACCGGCCAGAAGGCCGUCAAGGUCCACGGGCUGCUCAAGACCUUCGUCAAGCAGACGGACCACAUCAAGGGCAUCCGCCAGAUCACCAGCGACGACUUCUGCACCUUCCAGAUGGUGCUGGAGGGCGGCGUGUGCUGCACGGUCACGCUCAACUUCAAUGUGCCCGGGGAGUUCAAGCAGGACGUGACGGUGGUGGGCUCGGCGGGGCGCCUGCUGGCCGUGGGCACCGACCUGUACGGGCAGCGCAACAGCGCGCCGGCGCAGGAGCUGCUGCUCCAGGACGCCACGUCGGUGAGCAACUCCCGGCUGCCCGAGAAGGCCUUCAGCGACAUCCCCUCGCCCUACCUGCUGGGCACCAUGAAGAUGAUGCAGGCCGUGCGGCAGGCCUUCCAGGACCAGGACGAUCGGCGCACGUGGGACGGGCGGCCCCUCACCAUGGCCGCCACCUUCGAUGACUGCCUGUAUGCGCUGUGCGUGGUGGACACCAUCAAGAGGUCCAGCCAGACGGGCGAGUGGCAGAACAUUGCGAUCAUGACUGAGGAGCCGGAGCUGAGCCCUGCCUAUCUCAUCAGCGAGGCCAUGCGCCGCAGCAGGAUGUCGCUCUACUGUUAGACCUUGUGG